AUGGUUAUGGCAACAGUUGCUAUCGAACAAUUUGCCCCGGUUACAUUCUUGAAUAACCACAAUUUUGCGCCCCAUGUCAAAAAGAAUUCCUUCUUUGACAACCAGCAGAAUGGCGCCUUGGUAGCCAAACACAUGAUUGGCGAUGCCCUCCGCCAGCGCGUCGAGGGCAUUGACCAUGACUCGUGUGACCCAGGAGAUGAGGAUACGUUCUUUGUGGGCGAUCUCGGCGAGGUCUACCGCCAGCAUAUGCGAUGGAAGAAGAACCUUCCCCGUGUGAAGCCCUUCUAUGCCGUCAAGUGCAACCCCGACCCCAAGGUCAUCCAGCUUCUGGCGGGUUUAGGCACUGGCUUUGAUUGUGCUUCCAAGGCCGAGAUUGAACAAGUCUUGAACAUGGGCGUCGAUCCCUCUCGCAUCAUCUACGCCCAGCCCUGCAAGACCAACUCCUACGUGCGCUACGUCGCUAGCCAGGGCGUCAAGCAGAUGACAUUUGACAAUGCCGACGAGCUGCGCAAGAUUGCCAAGCUCUACCCCGGUGCCGAGCUGUUCUUGCGUAUCCUGACGGACGACUCCUCGAGCUUGUGCCGUCUCAGUCUCAAGUUCGGCGCCUCUCUCGACAGCACCGAUGAGCUUCUAGCUCUUGCCAAGGAUCUCGGUCUCAAUGUCGUCGGUGUCAGCUUCCAUGUGGGCUCCGGAGCCUCGGACCCCCUCGCCUUUCUCAAGGCCGUUCAGGAUGCCGCUCAUGUUUUCAAGCAGGCUGAGAGCUAUGGUUUCGUCAUGAAGACUCUCGAUGUCGGCGGAGGCUUCACGGGCGACAUUUUUGAGGACAUGGCCCAUGUCCUCCGUGAAGCUCUUGACGAGUACUUUCCCCCGACCGUCAACAUCAUUGCCGAGCCUGGCCGAUAUUACGUGUCCUCGGCUUUCACCAUCGCAUGCAACAUCAUUGCUCGCCGUACCAUCCAGGAUCCUGCUACUGGCGAGACAAGCUACAUGGCGUACGUCAACGACGGCCUGUACGGAAACUUCAGCAGCAUCAUGUUCGACCACCAGCACCCCAUUGCCAAGGUUCUGCGUACUGGUCAGCGGACUCUGUACAACACGCCCAUGUCGGAUGCUUACCCCACCGGUGUCAACGGUGGCCUCGAGUACUCCAUCUGGGGCCCAACCUGCGACGGCAUUGACCGCAUCACCGAAAGCAUCCGCUUCGACCACGAACUUGAUGUUGGUGACUGGCUGUACUUUGAAGACAUGGGCGCUUAUACAAAGUGCUCUGCCACAAAGUUCAAUGGCUUCUCUGAUGCUCAUGACGUUAUCUACGUGUGCAGCGAGCCUGGGGCUCGGGCACUUCUCGGAUUGUAG